AUGUCAUAUCCCGUGACUCAGGGGAAAAUGGAAUACACAAAGCUCCCACACGGCAUAAUCCCCCGCCUCAUCAUCCACGGCGGUGCGGGCAAUAUCACACCAGCCAAUCUUCCUCCGUCGAGAUACGCGCUCUACCACUCCUCCCUCCUCAAAAUCCUCGCCCAAGCGCACCACUUUCUCACCUCGCCCUCCUCUUUCCCCCUCGCAUCCUCGCCGUCAGCAUCAUCUCUCGACGCCGCGACCCUUGCUGUAACGCUGCUCGAAGAGAACCCGCUGUUCAAUUCGGGCCACGGAGCCGUAUUCACGCGAGAUGGAAUCAACGAGCUAGAAGCAUCAAUCAUGGUGUCGAAAGGCAAGAAGAAGCGAGGCGUAGGCGUCAUGGGAUUGACUCGCGUCAAGUCACCCAUCAAGCUUGCCCGCGAGAUGCUAUUGCGGGGAGAGCAGGACUUGGAGGGAGGGUCCGGACCAUAUCACUCCGGCGCGCAGGGACACUCCCAGCUGCAUAAGUUCAGCGCGGAGAAGUUGGCCGAGGAAUGGGGACUGGAGAUGGUGGAGCCGAGCUACUUCUUUACGCAGCAGCGGUGGGAUGAACACAUCAAGGGAUUGCAGGGUGAGAAGAACAGUGGGGUUGCGACGUGGCAUGCCGAGGACUUCUUCCCGCAAGGAACGUGUGGUGCAGUGGCUUUGGAUGCCGAGGGCGUGAUAUGCGCUGCGACAAGCACAGGCGGCCUCACCAAUAAGCUCACCGGCCGAAUUGGCGACACACCAACGCUCGGAGCUGGAUUCUGGGCAGAAGAGUGGGAGGAGAACAUCGCUCCACAGACAGAAACGCUGCUAUCAAGACCGGGCCCAGCGCUAGUUCUAAGCGAGACGUUGAAAGGGCUGAUGGCAGAUUGCUUCCCCAAUCCAGCUCUGUACACGCCCAUAUUAAAAGACGAGAUCGACUGGGCUUCUCUGAGCAAAGAUGACAAAGUCUUCCGCUCCGCCGGCCUCUCAGGAACCGGCAACGGCGACUCCUUCCUCCGCACAAACGCUGUCCGCACCAUCUCUGCCAUCGCACGAUACAAGCCCGUCCCCCUCCAAAAAGCGCUGAAGGAAGUCGCGGGCCCAGGCGGCUUUCUGGAGGAGAGUGCUGGCGACAGAUUCGGCAGGACGGGCGAGGGCGAAGGCGGCGUCAUCGGCAUCGAGCUCACGGUCGUGGUAGACGCUGCAAGGGAGAAGAAGGGGGCGGUGUCGCACGUCGUCGAUGAUUUCAACUGCGGUGGCAUGUUUCGCGCUAUGGUCGACAAACGCGGUAAAGCAGUCAUGCGCGUGUGGAGGCCCGGCCAGUAUGCUGAUCUGGAGAAGUACGAGGGCGAGGGCAAGCCUUAUGAUCUUAGUUUGUGGUUGGAUGAGGAGGUUUCCACCUAG